AUGUCCUCAGAGUUGACCGCAGUGGUGACGAAGGAAGUACAGGCACUGCAAGAGAAGGGUGCCCUGGAAGAGGUGCCCCCUGGUACACCUGGCUUUCUCAGUCCACUGUUUGUCGUACCGAAAAAGAAUGGCAAGAUGCGCCCAGUGGCCGACCUGCGGGAAUUGAACCAGUUUGUGCAAUACCACCAUUUCAAAAUGGAAGGUAUCGCCACGCUGCGGGAGCUAUUGAUAAAGAACGAUUUUAUGGUGAAAGUGGACUUAACCGACGCAUACCUGUCCAUGCCAGUGCAUCCAACCCUCCGUCGCUUCCUGACGGUGCAGUGGCAGAGUCGGCAGUACCGAUUUGCGGCUGUCCCGUUUGGCCUGGCAUCUGCUCCACGGCAGUUCACCAAGCUCCUUCACCCGGUGAUCACCUGCCUCCGCCAACAGGGCGUACGUCUGGUCGUGUACCUGGACGAUAUUCUGAUCAUGGCCGGAUCAUAUCAGGAGGCGUUGCAGCAUGUGGCCAAUCUCAUUCAUCUGUUGCUGGCCCUGGGCUUCCAGGUGAACUUCAGCAAGUCAGAGCUGCAGCCGGUACAAGUGGUGGAGUUUCCGGGCUUCCAGGUCAGUUCAAUAGCCAUGACAUUAGAACUCCCCACGGACAAGGUCCAUCGGACGUUGACAACUUGCCGGAGCUUAAUUGCCCAGCGACAGAGUACGGUUCGACGACUUGCCAGCAUCCUGGGACUGCUGUCCUCAGCAGCACCCGCGAUUCUUCCCACCAACCUGCAUUUGAGCGGCCUGGAAUCAGUGCGGGCAUCAGCCCUACGCCGGCAAGUACCAUGGGAGGAGACCGUCCCGCUAUGCGCAGCAGCACUGGAGGAUCUGUCUUGGUGGCUUCAGCACCUGGAGGAGGUCAACGGCCGCUCUAUUCCUCUGCCAGUUCCAGACCUGGUCAUGCAGACGGAUGCAGCAUCCACAGUCGGCUGGGGAGCAGUCUGUGGUCAUCGCCACGCAUCAGGCCUUUGGACGGUGGCGGAGAAGCACAUUCAUAUCAACUGCCUGGAACUACGUGCAGCCUUUUUCGGUCUACAAUCGCUCACGAAGGACCUUCGGUCUGCUCAUGUGAUCAUCGAAAUCGACAACCAGGCGGCUGUAUGGUGCAUCAACAAAAUGCGAUCAACCACCAGCCCGGAGCUGAACAGCGAAGCCCAACAACUGUGGCAAUGGUGCCUGGAGAAAGACAUCACCAUCAGAGCCGAAUACCGGCCAGGCGAAUUGAAUGUGGAAGCCGACUUUUGGUCACGGCAAACCAGAGCAGCACAGUGGAUACUCCACCGGGAAGUCUUUCAGAGACUAGCCAACCAACUUGCUUUUCCUCUGGAAGUGGAUCUGUUUGCAUCACGCACGGCUGCCCAGCUACCCCGAUUUGUGAGCUGGAAGCCAGACCCGCACUCGUGGAGGACCGACGCUCUCAGCUUCACAUGGUCAGACCUGAAUGCGUACCUGUUUCCUCCGUUUUGUCUCCUGACGAGGUGCCUGAGGAAGAUUCAAAGGGAGGAGGUAGCUCAGUGUGUGUUAGUUGCCCCGAUGUGGAGAGGAGCCCCAUGGUUUCCCCUCUUACUGAGCCUCUGUGUCGACCAACCAAUAAUGCUGCCUCAUCACCCUCGUCUACUCAUGAACGAGCAGGGCGACGUUCACCCUCUCGUGGAAGCGAGACAGCUGCGCCUAGUCGCUUGGCCGCUGUCGGGCGUAUAUGGCAGCAUCAACAACUUUCAGCAGACGUGUCGUCGCUCCUCAGUUCUUCUUGGCGUGGAGGAACGAGGAAACAUUACGACUCAGCUUGGUCACUGUGGUGUCAGUGGUGCCGUCAACGGGAGAUUAAUCCCGUUUCGCCAUCUUCCGGCAUAG